AUGCUAGGCAAUGGGGAAGUCGUCGGAAAACUAGAAAUGGCACGGUAUGAGUUACUCGAUCACGGAGAUGAACUCUUCAUUCUGUCUUUCCCACGCGUUUGUGGUGCCCGCCCUUCCCUCACCCUAAAGGCCACUGUUUUAGUUUUACAUGCUGGCGACAAUCAGGACGGUGCAUUGUUUGAUUCUAUCGUCGACUGCGAGAUUGCUUGGGACACAGAUGCAGGCCACGCACGAUUUGCCAAAUAUGUGACCUGUAAAUCGGAGAGGGUCUUUCACCUGAACAAUGCUGUCAAGCAUUUUCGGUUGGUUCUUGACCAGUGUCCAGUCAGCCAACCUGGCCUGCCAGCGGCUCUCACCAACCUCGCCAUUGAUCUGGCGCUACGACAAGGAGAACUUCACCACCAUCUAUAUCCAAGAAUCCGCGCAACCGUCCUGCAAGCUAUUACCCUCUGCCUAGAGGGCACCUACCUUCGUAGCAUUGUGGCAGGAGCAAAUGGUGUCGAUUUUGUGAUCCGCGAAUGCAACGAACUUCUAAUAGACGCAUCCGAUGAAUGGACCCACCUUCAACGAAUCGUGCUCGAGUUCUGUCCUCUGGACAAUGAAUACCGCCCAGAAUCACUGAACAUACUUGCAUAUGCUCUCAUAUCACAUUUUAAACAAUGCGGCGAUCUAGAUGAGUGCAUACAACAUCGUCGUGAAGCCGUUUCUCAGUGCCCCGAGGGACAUUGUGGACGUGAUACAUACCUGAAUAACUUGGCCUACUCACUAUAUUACCGCUUCGAACACCAAGACAACUCUCCUGACCUUGCCGAGGCCAUCUCUUUGGUUGAAGAAACGCUGCGCCUGCGUCCUGUUGGGCACGAAUCUCGUGACAUGCCAUUGGAAAACCUAGGAAGCGCCCUCUGCUCCCGUUUCAACCGUUGUAGUGGCGUUAACGACAUCAUCAGAGCUAUCAGCCUCCAGCGCGAGGCACUGAUGUUGCGUCCGCCUGGGAAUCCAUGUCGUGAUUCCGUGCUCAACAACCUUGGCCUCGCAUUCAAAAUCAGAUAUGGCAAAUUGGAUACCAGAUUCACGCGGCUUGACGAUCCAGAGCGCCACAAGAAUGAAGAUAUCAAGGAGGCCAUUCAACUUUGCCAAGAGUCGUCUUUGGCGGCUCUACCUUCACUGCACCCGGAUAGAUGUAUCAGCUACAUGCGUUUGCAGGAAGCCUACCUGUCUCGUUACAGAGUGCAACGCAAGUCUGCUGAUUUGUUGCUCCCUGUGGAGAACUUCAGACUGGCAUCACGACAUCCCACGCAUGGAAUUCCGCUACGCAUCGACAGGGCGAUUGAUUGGACUUUUGCAGCGGAGAGGCACAGCCAUGCCUCCGCACUGAAAGCCUACAAAACAUUUUUCGAGCUUCUUGACAGAUAUUUGGCAACACAGUCUUCGAUUGUUGCACGGCACGAAGCUACUGCCGCUUUUCGUCGUGCUAAUACAUUGCCUAUGGAUGCGGCAUCAUGUGCCAUGCGCCUUGACAACAUACGAGACGCAAUCGAACUUGUGGAGCAGGGGCGCGGCCAUCAGUGGUCGCUGGCCUCUUGCCUGAGAAGUCCACUUGAAGACCCCGAAUUGACAAAUCCCAACCUAGCUCACAAGUUCUCGGAGCUCGGCACGCAUCUUUCUGACGUGCAAAGUUCCGCAGUCAGCACUGACCGAGCCGCCGCCGACCGCACAGAAACACAGUACAGGAAACUUCAGGAGCAGUGGGGAGUAGUAGUAGCAGAAAUUCGAAAUCUUCAAGGUUUCUCGCGGUUCCUGCUCCAACCUUCAUACGAAGCCUUGCAAGCGGCAGCACGUCAUGGCCCAGUCAUCAUUCUCAUUGCAAGUAAGACAUUGUGCAGCGCCAUCAUUGUCCCGACAUCAGGAGAGCCACACCAUGUUCGCUUCCAGCGCAUCACUCUCGCACAUCUGGAGAAGCUCAAGAAUGAUGCCAGGGAGAUACGGCACGCAUCUUUUAUGCGCCCAGAGGAGACGAGGAAGGAUUUGCAAGUUCUCUUGCGAACAGUAUGGGAUGAGAUCAUGCUACCCAUCGUCAUCGUCCUCCAGCGUGAUCUCAAAGUAACGGGCCGCUCUCGAAUCUGGCUGUGUCCGACUGCAGCCUUCACUUUCAUUCCUCUCCACGCAGCUCACCCCUUUCGAACGAAGGCAGACGGACGUAGUCGGGAACUAUGCCUGGAGGACGUCUACAUCUGUUCUUACACGCCGACACUUUCAGCUCUGAUCAGAUCUAGACAGAUGAUGAAGACACGUGUGACUCCGUCCUUCGCUGCAAUUGGACAAAGCGAGGCGCUCUUGACUAUCGACAGCGAGCUCGAGCUCGUCCGCAGGCUCAUCCCCACGACGGCCAACCCUACCACUCUUUCUGGCGACAACGUCACGCAAGCAGGUGCACUCGACGCUUUGCGACGCAACACCUGGAAUGACACUCCGCACGCCGAGUUCGCGUUCUUGUUGGCGUGUCAUACUGCUGUUGGAGAUGAGGAGACACCCGACGAAGUCAUCCACCUCGCAGCAGGACUCCAGUUUUUGGGAUUCAAAAGCGUCAUUGGUACUCUGUGGGUGGUCGACGACGCUGUCGCACAACACGUCGUCGAAGCUUUCUAUGAGAAUAUGUUCAAGGAUUUUGAGGAUAGUGGUGUCAUGGGCUGUACGAAGGCGGCCUGGGCACUCAACCGUGCUACAAACGCCAUGAAGACGAAAGUGCCGCUUGAGCAGAGGAUGGUGUUCAUUCAUAUUGAUUUUCAAGUUGUUAAUUUUCGAUCUUAUUUCAUCCCGGUCACUGUAGGACCCGUCGUUUGUAAGACUGCCUUCCAUGUCGAUCAUACUGUUGUUUUGCGUCCAGCCCAAAUCUGA